AUGGAAGCUAGGAAAAUUGAAGAAGGACUAGAGUGUAUUAAAGCUGCCGAAAAAAGCAUGAAAACCACUUUGCUGAAGUGGAGACCUGAUUAUGAUGUCGCUGCUGAUGAAUACACAAAAGCAGCAACAUGCUUUCGCUUGGGUAAACACUAUGAGCAAAGCAAAGAUUGUCACCUAAAAGCUGCAGAUUGUCAUAGACAAAAUAGAUCCUUAUUCCAUGCAGCCAGGAGUUUGGAACAAGCAAUACUUAUCUGCAAAGAGAUGGGAGAUAUUCGGAGUGUUGCUGAGUUGGCUGAUAAGGCCUGUACUUGGUAUCAGCAACAAGGUUCACCUGAUGCUGCAGCAGGUGUUCUGGAUAAGGCCGCCAAAAUUAUUGAACAGCAACAGCCAUCUGAAGCUCUGCAGCUUUAUCGACGGGCAGCGGAUGUUGUUUCUAUUGAAGAUAAUGCCAGGCAAGGUGCAGAAUAUGUAAGCAAAACAGCAAGAAUAUUAGUGAAGUUAAAAAUGUACGAUGAGGCAGCAGAUGCUAUUAGGCGAGAAAUAGGACUUCAUCAGCAAUCUGAAAAUAUUCCUGCUAUAGGGCGACUUGCUGUAGCUUUGGUUCUAGUACAGUUAGCUAGAGGAGACACAGUUGCUGCUGAAAAAGCGUUCAAGGAAUGGGGAAAUUGUUGUGAUGCUCCAGAGGUGCAAACUCUUGAAAUGCUACUCCAGGCAUAUGAUGAAGAAGAUCCAGAUUCAGCCAAGAGAGCUUUGAACAGCUCAUUCAUCAAACACAUGGACGUUGAAUAUGCACGCUUGGCUCGAGAUUUAACUUUGCCAGAGCCGACUGUUGUUGGGCCACCUCCAGCAUCAGUGCGCCCUAAUGCUGCUCCUUCAUAUGUCUCUCCCAGGGCCUCCUCUCAGGAGCCACUGCCAAAUGAUAAAUCCUCUUCUCAAAAUCAAGAAGGUGAUGACGAGUUCAGUUUAUGUUAA